AUUCAUAACCAAAUUGGACAUCAAGUGUACAAAUAUAGUCAUAUUUUUCAAUAUACAUAUAUUGAACAAAAUGUGGACCAAAGUGUUAUUACCUGCUGUGAUAUUACUCAUUAUAAAUAGUUGGAUCGUGCUAGCAGAGUUCUCUGUGAAAAUGCCACCUAAAGAUCGUGAUAUGAUGCGGAAAUAUAUUGUAUUUGACAAAAAGACACCAAAUGUGUUCUAUUGCCCAAGAAGAAAGCCCACAUCAAUGGAAAAGAUAAUAGUGAAAUCCCAGCCUUUAUAUAAGCUAUGUGAGUUUCAAGGACAACCUUUGCCAGAUGAUUAUAAGCCUGAUUGUUACCUGAAUGUCGAUGAAUCUGAAUAUGCUUGUAAAGAGAAAUAUAGAAUUAUGAAACGCAUUAGCAAUGAAUAAUUCCAGCUAACAGAGAACUGCAAGAAAAACGAAAACUAUACUUUUAUAAAAUUUUAAUAUGAUUAUUACCUUUCAAAUAUUUCAAAUAUGAACUAACAACUAACCACCAAAUGUAAGUUCAUCAUUAUUUAAUUUUAACCUAAAUUAAUUUUGUACAU